CGAAUCCUAAACAUAUAGAGUGCAGUCAAAUACUUGUCUGAAGCUCUCGUUUAACCCUUUCCUCACAUAUAUUGCACACUAAAAGUGGAGUCAAGUUUUUCAGCGUCUGUUAGUAAACAGUGUUAGCAGUCUAUGGGAUACACGACUACUGUAUAACUCUAUGUAUUCAUUGUUUAUCUAAUUUGUAUUAUUAUUUAAAAUAUGAAAUAUUUAUUCGUAUUCAAUAAAGAUUGUGUUAAAACAUCAUUAAAUUCUUUGAGAUAUUAUAGUAAAACACGACCAGAGCUUCCAAAAUGUGAUUUCAUUGCAAACAACAGUAAACCGAGAUUAGGUAACUUCGAGAUCGAGACCAUUCAUAAACUUAAUUUGAAUCCAUGUCUCAAACCGUGGUAUCAAAAGCCUGUUAUCCUCACUCAGGGAUAUAUGCAAUAUGUUUGGGAUAAUGAGAACAAUAGAUAUUUAGAUAUGUUCGGAGGGAUAGUGACCACAGGUGUCGGUCACUGUCACCCAAAACUGGUAGACGCGGCCACUAAACAACUGAAGAAGUUGUGGCACACGAGCAGUAUUUACUACAACGAAGAGGUCCACGAAUACGCCUCAAACUUAGCCAAUCGACUCCCGGAACCGCUUAAUAAUAUCUUUUUCUGUAAUUCCGGUUCAGAAGCCAAUGAUAUCGCUAUACUUAUGGCCAGACUUUACACCAAAUCCUACGAUAUAAUAGCAUUGCGUAACGCAUAUCACGGCGACUCUACGAGCACUCAACCCCUGUGUGGCGUUCAGAGUUGGAAAUUCCCGAUUCCCUCACACUUUGGUGUCCAUCACACCACUAAUCCCGACCCAUAUUCCGGCCGUUUUGGUGGCAAUAAAUGUCGCGAUUCUGUGGUCCAAACGACCCGCGACUGUGACUGCGGUGUCGAUGAAUGCGAUGCUUGCGAUCGUUAUAUCGAAGAUCUUCAACAGGUGUUUGACUCGACUUUACCCAAAACUGUGUGCGCUUUCAUCGCUGAGUCCAUACAAGGCGUCGGAGGAGUCGUUCAGUUUCCCAAACAAUUCCUUAAGAAAGCCUUUCAAAUGGUUCGAGAAAGAAAUGGUAUCUGUAUUAUGGAUGAGGUUCAAACGGGUUUCGGGAGAACCGGAACUCACUUCUGGGGUUUCGAAGGACACGAAGUGAUUCCAGAUAUAGUGACAAUGGCUAAGAGUAUAGGGAAUGGGUUCCCAUUGGCUGCUGUGGCCACCACUGCGUCCAUAGCCAACACAUUGACCUCUGCCUCAUAUUUCAAUACAUUUGGCGGAAAUCCCUUGGCGUCUUGUGUCGGACUAAAUGUACUCAAAAUCAUAGACGAAGAGAAUCUCCAGAAUAACUGCCAUAUAAUGGGAACCAAAUUAUUGCACGGAUUUGAAAGUCUUCGCCAAAAAUAUGCGGAUAUUGUGGGAGACAAAGAUAGAAAACCAAUGAUUAAGUCUGACUUCGACUCAAUUCUGGAGGAUUGCAAAGACAUGGGUUUACUCGUCGGCAGAGGAGGUCCAAAGAAUAAUGUCUUUCGAGUCAAACCUCCGAUGUGUGUGAAUGAAGAGGACAUCGACUUUACUAUCAAAGUGUUUGAAAAGGCAUUUGAUUUGCAUAACGAUAGGUCUGCUAAAAGACGGUUCAAAACGAUAACCAAUAAUAAUAACAAUCACUAAUUGAUUGAUUGAAAGAUAAAUAUAACUUUAUUUUAUAUUUGAAACAACUCUUUAUGUAAAUAUAAUAUUAAACAUCGAAACAAUAGAUAUCGAAAACUUUUAAAGUUAAAAAUUUUAAAGUAUUUAAAAAUUGAAUAAAUAAUUAAUAUUUUCGC